UAUGACUUCAAUAACAACGCUAUCUUGUAAUAUUUCUAUAUCCAAGUAAAGAUAAGAUUCGCCAUUUGUUGACGACGAAACACUAACAAAAUAAAAAUAAAAUCAUUUCCAAAAAAAGGAGCGGAGAAAAGCGUAAUUGUAUAAUUUCAGAUAGGAACUGUUCGUCGUCUCCGGCGACGAUGAAGUGGUUACUCCUCGCCGUGGUAAUCGCCUUUACGAUCUUCUCCGCCGGAAUAGACUCGCAUCUCCUCCGUGAAUCUCCGGUCAGUUCUCUCUGCGCUGACCUCAUUCAUCCGGCUGGUUACUCCUGCACCGAACACAUUAUUCAAACGAAAGAUGGUUACAUACUUGCUCUUCAACGUGUGGCUUCUCCUGCUCAGAAUCUAAGUCUUCAAUAUGGUCCACCUGUUCUUCUUCAACACGGUCUAUUUAUGGCUGGAGAUGCAUGGUUCUUGAAUUCUCCUAAAGAGUCGUUAGGUUUCAUUCUUGCUGAUCAUGGGUUUGAUGUAUGGGUCGGAAAUGUUCGUGGUACACGCUAUAGUUAUGGACAUAUAACUCUAUCUGAAACUGAUAAGGAAUUUUGGGACUGGAGUUGGCAAGAUUUAGCUAUGUAUGAUCUUGCAGAAAUGGUUGAGUAUUUGUAUUCAAUUGCAAACUCCAAAAUUUUCCUUGUUGGACAUUCUCAGGGGACUAUCAUGUCUUUUGCUGCUUUUACUCAGCCACAUGUUGCCGAAAUGGUUGAAGGAGCUGCGUUGCUUUGUCCGAUAUCAUAUUUGGAUCAUGUCACAGCUCCACUUGUAGAAAGAAUGGUUUUUAUGCAUCUCGAUCAGAUGGUCGUUGCUCUUGGGCUUCAUCAAAUAAACUUUAGAAGUGAUAUGUUAGUUAAACUUGUUGACUCAUUAUGCGAAGGACAUAUGGAUUGCAGUGACUUCCUCACAUCCAUAACAGGGAAGAACUGUUGUUUUAACGCCUCGAGGAUAGACUACUAUCUAGAUUACGAGCCUCACCCUUCAUCUGUCAAGAACUUGCGACAUCUUUUCCAAAUGAUUCGGAAAGGGAGCUUUGCGCAAUAUGACUACGGAUUGCUGAAAAACCUAAUGAACUACGGGUUUUCGAAGCCUCCUGAAUUCGAACUUGGCCUCAUCCCGGCGUCAUUACCGAUGUGGAUGGCAUACGGUGGUAAUGACGGAUUAGCAGAUGUGACAGAUGUGGAACGUACUCUCGCGAAACUGCCUUCGAGACCAGAGUUGCUAUAUCUUGAGAGUUAUGGUCACAUGGACUUUGUGCUUAGCACAAGUGCUAAAGAAGAUGUAUAUGAGCACAUGAUUCAGUUUCUCAGAGCAAGGAGAAAGUUCAGUAGUUGGUAAAAUGCUACUACUAAGUAGAUUUUCUCUGCUUUGCACGUAUUAGUUUUCCACACAUAUCUGAUGAUUCUGAUUGUGAAUUUUUUUCCUUCGAUGAACACUUUGUAUGUUCUCAACCAUUUGUCUCAAGUAAUCGAAGUAUAUGUUUGAGUAAUACUGAAUUAUCGUAA